CCAGCGGGGGGCAUGCACGCGCUCAGACACUCACCUGCUCUGCCCCUUUGUUGGCCACCCGUCCGCCCGCCGGAGGAAGACCUUCACAUUGGACAGGACGCGCACCACGGCGAGGUGGCCACUUCGCCGACCCUGGCCGACCAGGACAUGCCGGCAUCCAUUCGCAGCCUCAAGGAGGCGGUGAUGGACGCCACCCGCCGCCAGGGCCUCCUGGUCCGGGAGGAGACAUCGCGCGCGCUGGACGAGAUGCUCGGCCGCGGCGCCGACACGGCGGCUGAGGCCGCCUCGACCCCGGACCAUGAGGAUGGCCACGACGGCGCCGACACCAACGUCCCCGGCACCGAGGCCGACUUGGCCACGGCCAACACCAAUGACGGGGCGACGCCGUCAUGCUGCUCGGCGCGCCCGGCCGAGGCCCAGGCGGACGCGGCGCACGAGGAGGACGCCCAUGGCGGCGCGACCACCGACCACGAGACGACCACCUCGGAGAGCGGCGCACUUCACCCGAGUGAGGAGACCACGUCGCCGCUGGUGGGCACCGGGCAGCCGGGCGAGCUCGACGGGCUGGAGCGCAGCGACACGGCCGACGCCUCGCUGCCGGGCGGCCAGACACCCGAGCCCAUGCGCCCGAUGGACACGGCGGCGGCGGCCGCCGCCGCCGCCGAGAACAACCCGGCCGCGGAGCUGGCUGCCCCGGCCGACUCGGACAACAAUGCCGAGCCCGAGGAGGAGCCGCUGGUGGCUGGGGGCCGUGUGCCGGGGGCGGACGCCCAGCCGGCCGGGGCCGGGCCCGGGGCCGAGGCCGAGUCGGUGCCCGCCACGCCGGGCUGCUGCGACACCAUGACCGACGCGGCUGAUGCCGAGAACGCCGACGAGCCGGAGCCCCACCCGAAGGGCCCCCUGGCGCCGGGCUUCCUGGCCACCUUCAUUCGCGAGCGGCUGGCCCGCGAGACCAACAAGCGCCGGCGGAGCCCGAGCCCGCGGUCGGACACCAAGCACGAGGUCCAGGCCGAGCUGGUGGGGUUCUCCUCGUACCCGGAGCAGGUCCAGCGGGUGGCCCGGAAGGAGGGCUUCGCCCUGAACAUCAUGAUUGCUGGGGGGGGGGGGGGGGGUGCUUGCGAGUCCGGCCUCGGGAAGUCGACGCUGGCGCGCACGCUGCUGCACAACCGCCCCUCGCAGACCCAGAACGGCGCCAAUGCCGGCGACACGGAGGUCUACACGCACACGGCCUUCUUCUCGGAGGGCGACGACCGGCUGCUGCUGCGCAUCGUCGACACCCCGGGGUUCAUCGGCGGCGCCGAGCCGGAGACCGUGGUCCGCCAGAGCCUGGCCGUGGCCGAGUCCAAGCGCCGCAUGAUUCGUGCAGUGUGGGAAGACGUCACCAGCCGCCGGAAUGGCUUUGAGCGGGUGGACAUGGAGGACACCACCGGGUCCAACGUCAUCAUCGACCUGUGUCUGUACAUGCUGCCGGCCACAUCGAACGGCCUGCGCCCCGUAGACGAGCAGCACAUCCGCGCCCUGCUGGAGUACACCCACGUCUUGCCGCUGCUGUCGAAAUCCGACACCCUGACGGUCAACGAGCGCGACCGCUGCCGGGAGAUGUUCUACAAGCAAUUCGAGGAGAAGGGCUUGGAUGUGUGGCGCCUGGAUGUGGAUAAUGUGGCCAACGCCCUCAACCACGAGGAGGACCUGCUGGCCCGGCAGGACGCCAUGGACAUCGCCGCCAAGAUGCCGCUGGCGGUCUUUGCCAGCGAUGACCGCCACGGCCCGGAGGGUCGCGAGGAGCGCGCGCGCGCCUACUCCUGGGGCUAUGCCUUCGUCGAGGACGAGUCGGCCAAUGACCUGCCCCGGCUCCGCCGCUUGCUGGUGGCCCACACCAUCCCGCUGCUGCUGCACGCCAAUGUUUCCGAGUCGACGGGCAAGCCGGUUUGGUGGGAGGAGCGUCGGUCGCGCAUUCUCAACGAAUUUGGCAUCACCGGUAUGCAUGCCAACCUCGACGAGGCGGCCAAGGAGUGUCUGGAGGAGAUGAGCACCAAGGUCCAGGAGAGCCUGGAGGCGGAGUUCAACGACUCCAUUCGGCGCAUGGAGAAGCGCAAGCGCCGGCUCGAGAAGGAGCUCCGCCGCAAUGACACCCACAUCGAGGAGCUCCGGCUCAAGGUCGAGGACAUGCGGCACAUGCUGGAGGAGCAGCUCCGCGCCGCGGAGGCCGAGCGCCAGCGCCAGGAGCUGGCCGAAGAGCAGGACCGCCAGCGCCGCCAGCGAGAGAUGGAGCAGCAGGCCAUGGCCAACGAGGCGCAGGCACGCGCCGCGCAGGAGGCCAUGCUGACCGGGCAGGCAGGCGGCGCCACCGCCGAGUCGACCGCCCACGCCAGCGCCGAUGGCGUGUCGCGCUCGUCGGUGUCUGGCUCGCCGUCACUCGGUCGCCUGAAUGACUCGGCCGGGCCCGGGACCCCGAAGAAGCGCGGCGUCGGCCGGCUCAUGGGCAAGCUCUUCAACACCAGCAGCAGCAACAACAACUAGGUGGAGCGCACGCGCUCGCGCGCGCACAGGGGGUGUGGCGGUCAGCCCCUUU